AUUUCAUCAAAACAUCACCACUCAGUCACUUACUCAGCCCGAUGUUCUAAUCAUUAAAAAAAAAAAACAACAAACAGCCUCCGGCUCCGGUGAAGUCUCCCGGUCAAUCUAUCGAUUCUCUUCUUCUCACCUCACCGGAAUUUCCCGGUAACGCCCUCCUACUCCUCCUCCUCCUUUUCCUCCGAUUAGAUCAUCGGAAAUAAAAAAACUGACCUUAAAUUCUACAGAAACGACGUCGCGGCCAUGUGAAAAAGCCGAGAAAUCGCAUUUCUAAGGAAGAAAAAAGAAAUAAGAGAAAAUGGCGCAGCAGCAAAUAAACAACAACAGUGGCAAUAGUAGUAAUAUUCCAGUGAGCGAGAGGUAUUGGACAUUGGUGGAUAAAGCUGAUAAGAAGUUUUCUAAGAUCAGAGACUUGCCUUACUAUGAACGCAACAGGUAUGAUACAUACUUUUACAAGGUAUUCAAGGUCUACACACAGUUGUGGAAGUUUCAGCAGGAAAAUCGGCAGAAGCUAGUGGAAGCAGGGCUUAAAAGGUGGGAGAUUGGUGAGAUUGCAUCCCGAAUUGCUCAGCUUUAUUAUGGACAAUAUAUGCGAACAAGUGAAGCGAGUUAUUUGUCCGAGGCAUAUAUCUUCUAUGAAGCUAUAUUGACAAGGGAGUAUUUCAAAGAGGGAUUGUGCCAGGAUACUAAUCUUGCGAACAAGCAAUUGAGGUUUCUAGCUAGGUUUUUGAUGGUGUGUUUGGUUUUGAACCGCAGAGAAAUGGUUCACCAAUUAGUUAAUCAGCUGAAGAUGUUGGUUGAUGAAUGCAAGAGGACUUUUCAGGACACUGACUUUAAAGAAUGGAAGCUGGUGGUUCAGGAGAUAGUUAGAUUUUUGAAAGCUGACACCGCUUUUAUGAAUAUCAGGCCUUUAAGGUAUAGUCUUGUACUGGACCCCCAUCCAGAUGUUCUACCUCAUGUUGCUGCACCUGUUGCUAGGAAGAAUUUAAGAUUGCGAGAUGCAAUACUGAGCAGCUACCAUCAUAAUGAGGUCAAAUUUUCAGAGCUCACUCUUGACACCUUUAGGAUGCUUCAGUGCCUGGAAUGGGAGCCUAGUGGUUCAUUUUACCAGUCAACUGGUGGUAAAAGUGGUCAGAAUGGAGCCUUAGGACCCAGUCGCGUUAACCACUCCCAAGAUAUUGCUGAUCCUACUUUGCCACCUAAUCCGAGAAAAGCUGUAUUAUAUCGUCCAUCUCUAACACAUUUUGUAGCAGUUCUGGCAACAAUCUGUGAGGAGCUCCCCCCUGAUGGUGUUCUCUUAAUAUUUUUGUCAGCUUCAGGAAGAACUGGACAUGCCUUGUCUCCCUCAGGUUCCGGAACCGGUAUCAAGGCAACAGAAAAUAUUAUUAGGGACUUUCAGUCUCACACAAUUCACUCCGAUGGAACCUCCACUUCAUCUUUUAGCUCACCAAGUGAUAGCCCAAACCCUUCUGCAAGUCAAAGUAAAGGAGAUUGCAUCAAUUACGACACUGGUUGCUUGCAGUUUGGUAAUCGCGGGAUUGGAGGAUUGAACUGUAUUUAUCCCAGUGACUUAAUUCCAUUCACAAGAAGACCACUCUUUGUAAUAAUUGAAAGUGAUGCCAGUGAGGUGUUUAAGGCUAUUAGUGGAGCUGAGAAAGGAGAGCGAGCUGCAUUGCUUCUAUCCCCUAGCUGUUCAUUUCCAAUUGGUGCUGCUGAUUCCUCUCGUCAGUCAAUUGGUAGCCUAUUCACAAUUUUUCUAACAGCUCCACUGCAGGCUUUUUGUCUGUUGCUUGGUAUUUCAGGCUCUGAUGUGGAAAUGGACACAUAUAAACAUGCUGAAAGCCUGCUUUCUUCAUCCCUAAAUGACUGGGGCUUGACAUUGGCAACAUCAGAUAACCUUGAUCCUGUCUGGGCACAGGUUCUUAGAGAUCCAUUCCUACGACGGUUUCUUCUGAGAUUUAUUUUUUGUCGGGUGGUAUUGGCCUUGUUUGCGCAAACCUUCAACAAGAAGGAAUUCCAUCCCGAGUGUAUGCCUGCUCUUCCGCAAUCUGUUUCGCCAAUGACGACUGCAUCUCAAACUGUAGUUAUGCAGCUGGCCAAAGUCUUCCGAGCAACCAAACAGUUUAUUUUCACAGAAGGAAUUUCACUUGGCGAUCAUGGAAACAUUGAUAUGGAGUCAUGAAUUAUUAUUUAUGUUAAAAAAAUGUGGUUCUUGAUAAGUGUAUAAAUAUGUGAAUUUAUGUUUGUCUGAUUUGAAAGGCGAGUGUUUGAAGAUGGAAUUCUUCAGUGCUAUAAAUUGUGUCUGGGUUUUGUCUAUAAGAAAAGAAUUGGAAAAGAAGUGUGUUUGUUUUGUAAUGCCGAAAAGGUUGAUGGCCAGCUAUUGCUGGAUUUGUCAGAAAAAAAAAAUGAUCAGUUAUUAUUUCUUUCUGUUAA